AUGGAGAAGACAAAAUCUGUAGUCAAGAGCGGAUGGCAAGCUAAGGGCAAAGAUGGCGGGAAAGAAUCAUGGCGGGGUGACUUCAAAGGUAUCAACCAAGUUACAAGCAAAUUCGGCUACGGCAAAUCGUCUUCCUCCAAUACUCCUCAAGAACAUGUCUCCCGUCCCCUUACUUCGCUCAAAGACCCAGCGGCUUUCGGUCCACCACCCAAGAAUGUCAACUAUCACGGCGGAGCUGCAGUCCCUAACAGUAUCACACCAGAUAGAAGGGGUCUCGGUGCCCCGCUGACAGAGGAGGAGCUUUCAGCAAGUCACGAUGAAGAGCAGCAAACACAAAAGCCUCCUCCUCCACCCGUGCCUUACAGAGCUGACAGGACCGGCUUGCGAACACAAGGUCUACCAGCUCCGCCGACACGAGCACAGACAGAUCCCAGCUCACCUCUCGAGACUCCAACUGCAAGAUCCAAGCCUCAUCUACCACCUCGCCUUCCACCUCGCCAAAAUACACGACCCGCCGCACCUUCACCUCCUCCACCACCAUACACCGAAACCCCCACCUCAACUCAGCCCGACUACAUAAACCACAACCUUGCCUCCCGCCUCGGAAAAUCCGGCAUCUCAGUCCCCGGCUUCGGCAUAAACCGCUCAUCCACCUCGCCGGCGCCGUCUCAACAACCGACCGCCCAACCCAAACCGUCUUUCUCACCCGUUUCCGCCCUGAACAAUCGCUGGCCCUCACCCGCCCCCGCCACACCAACUCCUGCACCUGACCCAAUGACACAAGCCGCUACGCAAAACCCAUGGUCCACCACAGCCGAAAAUGCGAGCGGAGGAGGCGGCACGACCUGGCAACAAAAACAGAGCGCCCUCAGCACGGCCUCCAAGUUCCAGAAAGAUCCAAGCAGUAUCAGUCUCACAGAAGCAAAAGCGGCAGCAGGGACGGCGAAUAAUUUUCGUGAACGUCACGGUGCGCAGGUCGCGCAGGGUUGGAACAAAGGGCAGGAACUGAACAGCAAAUAUGACGUGGCUGGCAAGGUCGGGCAGAGCGGGCUCGUGGGGCAGAGGACUGGCAGUGGAGCGACCGGGAGUGCGUCUGGCCCAGGGGGAGCAGCUGGGGAGGCAAAUCCGUGGGCAGAGGAGACAAGCGGUGGAAAGGCUGGUGGGCAAGGGGUGGUUACUGAUGGUGCGGGGGGCGGAGGGAUAGGUGGUCUUGCGAACCAGGCGACAGGUAUGAUAGGGAAGCUGGGGAAGAAACCGCCGCCUCCGCCGCCCGUGGGGAGGAAACCUACCAGUGGGGGCGCUGGUGAUGGGGGAAAGAGCGCACCGCCUGUGCCGCUGGGGAGUAAACCGAGGUGA